AUGGGAUUUUUUAUCCCGAUAUUGUUUGCAGCAUUUGUUCUCCCUUCCUCGGUGGUGGCACAAUCUAAUUCAUCAUUAGUGUACAAUGUUCUUGAUUAUGGUGCAGUUGGAGAUGGCUACAAUGACGAUACCAACGCUUUCAAGCAUGCAUGGGAAGCAGCAUGCACGUCCUCACCAGAUUCAUCUUCUUCUGCUCCAACCAUGCAAAUCCCUUCAAAUACAAGUUUCUUCAUUCAGCCGGUGAUCUUCAGAGGCCCCUGUAGAUCGCCAAUCAUCAAUGUUGAGAUCAGUGGAGAACUUUUAGCACCUGUGAACCCUACAGACUGGAGGUGCAUCGGUGGCUAUUGUGGGAUGUGGAUCCACUUCAAAAGUUUAAGAGGACUUAGACUGUAUGGUGGUGGCAGAAUUCAUGGCCGUGGAGAAAAAUGGUGGCAAAAGCUUGCUUUGGAGAUUUCAGACUCGGAUGAUGUUCAAAUAACUAGUUUGAACUUCAAGGACAAUCCUAAAAUGCAUCUGGUCCUCAACAAUCUAAGAUCAGUUUCUGUCUCAACCAUACAUAUUGAUGCACCAGCAGAUAGCAAAAACACAGAUGGUAUCCAUGUCACGGGUUCCACAGAUGUUUCCAUAGACAGUUGCAAAAUUAGCACUGGCGACGAUUGCGUCUCAAUUGUAAAUGGAUCUGCAAAUGUGAGGGUUACCAACAUCUUUUGUGGCCCUGGGCAUGGCAUAAGUAUUGGGAGUUUAGGCAAGCACGGUGCAGAAGACAAAGUUGAAAACAUCUACGUUAGUGAUGUUGUGUUCAGAAACACAGAGAAUGGUGCUAGGAUUAAGUCAUGGCAGGGUGGCAAGGGUUAUGCAAGAAAUAUAAUCUACGAGAGAAUAAUGUUGCAGGAUGCAGAUAAUCCCAUCAUCAUUGAUCAAUUCUACUGUGACCAUGAAAAAUGCAAAACUCAGGAAUCUGCAGUGCAAAUUCAUGACAUCACAUUUAGACAGGUGAUUGGAACAUCAAAGAAUAAGGUAGCGGUGAAAUUAGAUUGCAGUGAGACAGUUCCCUGUAACAAUAUAAUUCUGAAUGAUAUUUAUAUUCUUUCAAGUGAAGAUCAGAGUACUACCACUUCCGACUGCAAAAACGCUCAUGGAACAAUUCAAGGACGAAUGGUUCCUAAUCCAUCGUGUUUGACACAAGUGUAG